GGGGGGGUAACCCUGCUCUAAUUUGACUGGGUGUGGGUAAGGCUAUGGGUAUGGCCAGCCCCUGUAGUAUUUGUUACAUUAUUUUUUUCCUGUGGUUUUCAUCUGCUUCCUUACAUCAUUUAGCUUUUUGAAAAAAACAUUUAUGUAGUAUUUUCAAUUUUUAAAAUAAUUAGCAUGUUUUAUAUUGAAACAAAGUUACCUAACAAAAAUGCAGUUCGAUUAAAUACAAGACAAUUGCCGAUUUUUCCAGUUGAAGCCGUUUUAAAUAGGAAAUUUUUUGUUUCGCCUUAAAGCAUUGUGAUUGAAGGGUUUGGACUUUCUCAAAUACUUACAAGUGAAACUGGCCAGUUGUCAGCCUGGAGCAACCUUCAGAGAGACUGAAGCAUAUUUACACUUGAGACAGGACUUUCGUCACCAAGCCUUUAUUAUUUUUUCAUCUAAGGGCUCUAUUCAUUUGGAUAGGCUUUUGAAACUUUAUUAAGUUCUUCUUAAGAAGUUAAUGUUCUAGAACCCACCUGUAAUAGUUGUAGGGGUAAGUCGCCUCAUCUGAAGGUCAGUGUUGACCUGCAUCUUGCAGGAAUGGGAUUGUGUGGAGCAUGUUGCGUGUGUGCAUGCAAGCACUGCGUCUCCAGUGUUGGAGUGAGAACUCAGAGUAAGCAGUCACUUAAAAUUGUCCUGGAGUUAGAGUUUGAAACACAGCGCACACACCAGUAAACUCUUUGAGUUGCUCUGAAAUAAUUGGCCUGGCAUAAAUACAUAUUCCUGUUGCUACAACUUAGAGACGAGGCAGAUUAGGGGUGAUUGUUUUUAUUCCGAAGUCAGGUCCUUUUAGUGCCAGCAAGAGAAGUGUUUUGUAAGGAGUGUGCACACACUAAAAUGCACAGCCCUGAGUGUGGGAUCCACAAGUUGUGCAUCUGGGUGGCCACUACUCUACUCGAGAUCUCAGACCUUUCCAGAAAGUUCCCUCCUGGCCCCGCCUCCCCCAGUAAGUAGAUUGCAUCCCUAUAGACAACACUGGUAAAAGAAUGCAUUGGACAAAUUUUUUGUUUGUAAGUGUUUAGUGAUGUUAAUUGUUACAACUCUUCUUUAAUUUGUAGGAGAUAAAAACAUUCAGAUGGCCGACAACAGCUUUUCAGAUGGGGUUCCUUCAGAUCCCUUGGAAGCUGCUAAAGAUGCAAGUGCUACAGAGAAGCUCACAGAUCAGGUGAUGCAGAAUCCUCAAGUUCUGGCAGCCUUGCAGGAACGGCUUGACAGCGUCUCCCACACUCCUUCCAGCUACAUUGAGACUCUCCCUAAGGCGGUGAGAAGGAGAGUCAAUGCGCUGAAGCAGCUCCAGGUGAGGUGCGCGCACAUAGAGGCCAGGUUCUACGAGGAGGUGCACGACCUGGAGAGGAAGUACGCAGCGCUAUACCAGCCUCUCUUCGACAAGAGAAGGGAGUUCGUCACCGGCGACGUUGAGCCGACAGAUGCAGAGUCGGAGUGGCACAGCGAUAACGAAGAGGACAAGCUGGCCGGAGACAUGAAAAAUAAAGUAGUCAUAGCAGAAAAAGAAGCUGCGGCAGCAGAAGAGCCAACCCCCAAAGGGAUCCCGGAGUUCUGGUUCACCAUCUUCAGAAAUGUGGACAUGCUGAGCGAGCUGGUCCAGGAGUAUGAUGAGCCGAUCUUGAAACACCUUCAGGAUAUUAAAGUGAAGUUUUCAGACCCUGGACAGCCAAUGUCUUUUGUAUUAGAGUUCCACUUCGAACCCAACGACUACUUUACCAAUUCAGUCCUGACAAAAACGUACAAGAUGAAGUCGGAGCCAGAUAAGGCCGACCCCUUUUCCUUUGAAGGCCCUGAAAUAGUGGACUGUGACGGGUGCACGAUUGACUGGAAGAAAGGAAAAAACGUUACAGUCAAAACGAUCAAGAAAAAACAGAAGCACAAGGGCCGGGGCACCGUCAGAACCAUCACCAAGCAAGUCCCCAACGACUCCUUCUUCAACUUCUUCAGCCCGCUGAAGGCAUCUGGAGGAGAAUCACUGGAUGAAGAUUCCGAGUUCACGUUGGCCUCUGACUUUGAGAUCGGACACUUCUUCCGUGAGCGGAUAGUGCCACGGGCCGUGCUGUACUUCACUGGGGAGGCUGUGGAAGACGAUGACAACUUUGAAGAAGGCGAGGAGGGGGAAGAAGAGGAAUUGGAAGGGGACGAGGAGGGAGAAGAGGAGGAGGGUGCCAGCGUGAACCCCAAGGUGUAAUUUUUGUCUGUUAAUCAUUCAUGCGUUUCUAGGUAAGGUGGAAUUCCAUUCAUUCCUAAUUUCCAGACUGUUGAUCUGUGCUGUGUGGCAAUGCCUUGUGGCUGGCACAGAGGGACCUGCUGUGCCGGCUCACGGGUCAGGCUGACACGGGCUUUCUGGCGAGCAGUCUCCUGCUUUUGGAACCGACUGACAAAACCACACGUGGCUCCUGCUUGCUGAGCCCAGUGUUUCUUAUUGACCGUGUAUGCGGGGUGUAGCUGGUGUGGCGUUUUCCUUGACGAGGGGACUGCCCUCCAGGAAGAGGGCAGAAGGGGAGACCCUGGGAGGUGGGCAGUCUUCCUGGAGGCCACAGUCAUGGGCUGCCUGCCCCGCUGUCCCCUGUGCCCUUGCCACCCUGCUCACUGGGACAGUAGGAGUCUUCUCACUGAGUUUUCUGUACAUGCAUCUGUUGAUUGUGUAAACUUGUGCAAUUUAGGUGUUGUGCAGACCGGUAGGUAAUACAGGGUGAUGGAACUUGGUGCCAGGAUAUUUUACCUGAGAAGCUGCUGCCCAUGUGGUAAGGGCAUUAGCUGUGUGGUCAAGUUGCUUCCAUUCUGACUCAGUAAGGACAGAACUAGCUGUGGGUCUCAGCAGGACCAGCAAGUCCGGAGCCACCCGUCCGUACAUGGGUCAUUGUAGCCGUGCUCCAGUCAUGGGGCUCCCCUGUGGGACACUCACUGCUGCGGGGCAUGGGGCCUGGUUGGGGAGGGAGACACGAAUGCCGUCAGGUGGACACCUGGGACUCGGGUUCUGCUUGUUGGCCAGAGGCAGCUGCGUCGUAGACAUCAUGCCCCUGAGAGCUGGGCCUCUGUGCUCCCGGUCAGGAGGCACCGCAUCCUGUAUGUGUUCAAAUCGGUGCCUUUGAGGGUCUGUCUGCACUGGCCCAUCUCCUUCAGGCAGGGCAGACCUGGGCGAAGUGAGGUGAUCUCUGCUUUGAGGGUCGGGCUGACUACUUACCUGCAUGUUUAAAUUGCUGCCACCCACCCGUCUGAAGGACUUGUCUGCCGGGCUGUACCUGAGGCCCACUCUCCACCUGCCAGUUACUCUGGUGUGUACCUGAACCACGCAGCCUGGCUCUCUAGGAGAGGAGGCCGCCUCUGGAACCACAGCACCACCACACCCAGCAGCGGGAGUGCUCAGUGCCGUCAGCCUCCAGUGGGCAGGCCGCUCUGGGGCUGCGGUGUGCUCAGGCUGCUCUGCGCCCUCCUCAGAGCAGUUAUCUGUUAAAGCCCUUUUGGUCCCAUGCGGGCAGGGUUUUGGCUGUUAGUUUGUGCCUUUGAAACUCCUUUCCCUUGAUCACCAGCAUUGAGCGACCAGGCUGCCAUUAAACUGACAUAAAACAGGACAUUCAGCUUGCAGUUCUGUUUGUCCCAUGUCACAGGCCAGAAACCACAGUCCCAACAGCCCCUCCUGUCUUGGUUCAUAUCACACACUGUAUUAUGUGACACAUGUGUGUCAUUUAUAUAGAGAUGUGGAGUAGAAAGUCCUCCCAUCCGUCCUGUGUGCCCCCAUCCCCCAUGUCACCCUACAGAACCCUUCCUGAAUCACACCUUUUCCGACCCACUUCCCAUUUGCAAGUACAAAUUAUGCAGGAACACGCAGCACAGUGCUCCUUCCUGCCUACGCAGCUCUGGGCCGGAGCAGCUGCCUCUGGUUCCCUAGGACAGAGAUCUACCCCUGAAGCAACAGUGCUUGACUUGGAAUUGUUCUGCUAGGGUUUCUGGUCAGGUAUGUUUUGUUUUGGUGUUUCAUAUGAGCCUGUGACAGGCAGGUGCCAGAGCAGGGCCCCCAUCCCAGAGUGGCCUGCUGUUGGCACUGGGCAGUGCUGGGCUGGGACCCAGGGCCAGUCCUGCAGGUCUUGGCUUGUCCUGUGCUCUCUCCAUUACAUGUG